AUGGAAACAUUUUCACAAGACCAAGCUGGAUCAGCCCCGGCCACCACCGCCGCCGACUCUCUUCUGCCUUGCGACGCCUGUCGACGACGAAAAGUGAAAUGCUCCAAGACUGAGCCUUGCGAUCGAUGUCUCUCGACAGGCUUAAGAUGUACAAGAGAAAUUGCACGGAAGAAGAGAGGACCGAAGAAGGGCUCGGGUUCGGUGAUCUCAAAGCUGAGGGACGAGAACCAUCAUGAAACUCCACCACAACCCGAGUUGAGCCUGCCUCCAUUCGAUCUAUCGCAGCUUCAACGACAGAUGCCGCCUCUCAAUAACGCCUUGCCAGAGGAGAGCCCAUUUGGAUCACAGUUGACUUCUCCACUGACUUCCCCCACCACUUCGCAGUUCGGAGACUCUUUCGGCCCUUUACCAGAAUCAACAAUCGAUGUCCCACGGUCUGUCCCCGUGGAUCUCGGCGGAAGUAGUAAUGAACCAGACACUGUCCCCCAUACAGCAUUUGCCCAGGCAGGUAUCCAGUUGCCUGUUUCAUGGCAAACCCCAGCCUCGCAACUUCUCCAGUUGCAAGCCCCUAUUUCUCCCAUCGGCUAUGUUUCUGUCAGCGACCUAGCACAGCAGAUAUUUUCAGACUCCCCUCUCCCACCAAUGACAAGUGGCAUGGGGUCGAGAUCCAACGGACCUUCCCCCUCCAGGACAUCAACACCAUUUUCCAAGAACGCUGUCUCCAUAGACGCUGUUCUCACCAACGGAGCGCCGUCUCCGGCCACAACUUCCACAAGCUCACCAGCACCGCUGCAUGGCCCGAAAUGCCUCUACCGAAGUGACUCGGCCACAUCUCAAACCGCCGAACCGCGGUUACAGAGUUUGGCCGCCGAAUUCGGCCUGUCGGCAUAUCUCAUGUCACAGUGUGUCCGCCAGUAUUUCCGCCAUCUAUACUCGAUUCGGCCGAUCAUUCACGAAGAAACGUUUCUUCGGCGACUGAACCAGCCUGACGAGCUUUCCAACGAAGAUAAAAUCCUGAUCCUCUCACUGUGUGCAACCACGGUGCUCCAUGCCGCGCCGCAAUCCGACCUGACGCUAGACAGAAAGCUACAGCUUGGAAGGCAGUUUGUAGAAUUGUGUUGUUACUUGCGCUGUUCCAGCGACUGGCCAGAGACCAGCACACUGCUCUCCAUUCAAGCAAGUUAUCACAUGUGCGUUGCACUUUUUGAGCUCAGAAAGCCGCGGGCCCAUCACUUCUACCUGCGUGAAGCGAUCGGUAUGGCUAUUGAACAGGGCCUGCACUUGGAAUCCACCUAUACGGGCAUGGACGACAUCCAAGCCAUUUGCUCCCGACGGACAUUUGCUCUCUUGUUCAUCACCGAACGCGGCCUGGCCAUUCUGCGCAACAAGAUAGCCCAAAUCCCGCGGCUGCCACGUCUCCUGUCGACCGAGUAUUUCGACGAUCAGGACGGGAUCGUCCUGGCCGGAUUCUCCGCGUUGGUCAACUUGUUUUCCAUUCUGGACGAGAAGUUUGUGCGACUGUGGAGCGCGACGUCUCCCGACGACGUGUCCGACGCACCCUACGAGCCUGUCGAGAAUGUCGCCGCGCUGCAACACUCGUUGAAUGACAUGACCUUCGACGACUCCGCCAUGACGGAUAUCCAGAAAGCCGAUGUCCUGAUCACCCAUCAAUGGCUGCGUCUGGUCUUCUGGCAGGCGUCCAUGCGCCAGGGCCUCAUCAGCUACGUCGCCUCCGACCCCAUCUUCUCCUCCACCUACCCCAUCACCAUUGCCAAGGAUUUGUGUCUCGCCCUGUACAACUUGACCUUUGACGCCAUCCUUGUUCAUGGGAUGGGCAUUUUUGAAAAACUCUUCGAGGUUGCUUAUACCUUGAUGGACGCCCUGACCAUCGCCAACUGUAAUUGGUGCGACAGUCAUGAGCUGCGGUAUCUGUUCGACGUGCUGAGCGCAAGUCCAAACAGCCAGAACACGUAUGUGAAGAUGCUCAGGACAAAGAUCGAGACUGAGCAGAGUCCCCAGCCCGCUUCCCCUAUUGUUGCAUGA